AUGCCGUCGGACCCGAAUCUUUCUCAAUGUCGUAUGGCUCCUCCCAAGAAGGGUCCCUUUAGUGGGCAACGUAUUCCCGAAACCUUUAAUGUCGAUAAUCAUUUUGAUCGUUAUUACAUUGUGAAGCGCAUAUCUGAAAAAGACGAGACUUUUCAAACAGUUUCUCCGUUUUUGGUACAAAAGGCCAUCAGUGCCACAAUUGGUGAACCAAAUUCUAUCCGCAAGAUACGUUCAGGCGACUUGCUAAUAGAGGUCAACUCACGUAAGCGAGCACAGCAAUUACAAAAAAUAAAAGCUUUGGCAACUAUACCGGUUCGUGUAACCCCUCACAUAUCAUUAAACACUUCAAAAGGUGACAUAACUUGUGGUGAGAUAUUAAAUCUCUCAGUAGAUUUAAUCGCUAAGGAAUUAAAAUCCCAAGGUGUUACCCAUGUUCGCCGAAUUACGAUUAGGCGAGAUGGAGAAACAAUCGAAACGAAGCAUCACAUUCUCACAUUUAUGUCACCUAAAUUACCCGAGUACAAAUAUGUAGGGUACAUUAAGCGUCCAGUUAGACCCUAUAUACCGAACCCCUUGAGAUGCUUUAACUGUCAACGCUUUGGGCACUCGAAAGCAAAUUGCCGAGGCACUGUAACUUGUGCCCGAUGUGCUGAGCGAGGACAUGAGAGCCAGGAGUGUUCCGCACAAGAAAAGUGCGUGAAUUGCAAAAGUAAUCAUACGUCCUUCUCCUGCUCGUGCCCACGAUGGCAACUAGAAAAAGAAAUAACCGCUGUUAAAAUUAAAGAAGAAUUAUCAUACCCAGAAGCCCGAAAGAAAGUUCUUUCUCAAACACCCUCACCUAGCAUUAGCUACGCCUCUGUUGUCCGGAAAAUUUUUUGUAAAAACUGUACAUGUCAAAAUUGCACUAAAAGUGAGAAUCCUUUACCAUCCCCUAAACCUUCAUCUGAUUCCGAUAGUGAUAAAUCCAUUGUUAAUAAUCAUACUGAGAAGUCAGAAACAAUUAAGCGAAAACCAUCAAAAUCGGAAAAAUCACUGAAACUGAAGCUUGCAAAACGUGGAGUCUCGAAAACAAAUCUCACUGCAAAAUUAAAAAAAACUGCUACUAAAAAUUCAGUAGCUUUGGGACUUGCAAAUCAAGGUAUAGCCCAUAAAGACUUGACGUUUAUUUUUGGUGGCAUACCAAACUGUCCCGACCUCAAACUCCAUCCUUCGGGAGAUGAAUCCGAAUUUGAAAUGAGUCGCGAAGUUUCUGCAACUCCUGUCGUUGCGCCUAAUAAUUCUUCAGCGACUCGUAUCUCUUAA